AGCUUAUAUUUAGAACAUCUUUUUAAAAUAGAGAGUGAUUAUUGAGAGAGAGAGAGAGAAAGACAGAUAGAUUUGGUUCCUAUUUGUCCGAAGAAGCUUUGAAGAAGUGAGCUUCAAUUGAUUCAUAAACCAAUAAAAAUGUGUGCUUUGAGAGUGUUGACUAACACCAAUUCCUACCUCAAAACCUCCAAACCCUAUUUCACCACACUUUAUAACCACCACGCCCACAGAACUCUUAUUUUGGACUCUUCACCUUCUCAAUUCGUCAAGCUUCACAAGCUCGAUGACUCAGAUUCCGGGAUUGUAGAGGUUAGAUUGGACAGGCCUGAGGCUAAAAAUGCUAUAGGGAAAGAGAUGCUGCGUGGCCUAAGUCGUGUGUUUGAAUUGAUUAAUCAGAACUCUGAUGCUAAUGUUGCCAUGAUCCGCAGUUCAGUUCCUGGGGUAUUUUGUGCUGGGGCUGAUUUAAAGGAGCGCAGGACCAUGAAUCAGUCAGAGGUUCAGUUUUUUGUGAAUUCUCUUCGUUCCACAUUGUCAUUUCUAGAGGCAGUUCAUAUACCAACUAUUGCUGUUAUUGAAGGAGUAGCUCUUGGUGGUGGACUUGAAAUGGCUUUGGCAUGUGAUCUGCGAAUAUGUGGAGCAAAUGCUUUGAUGGGUUUGCCAGAGACAGGACUUGCUAUAAUCCCUGGGGCAGGUGGAACUCAGCGACUACCUAGAUUGGUUGGACAAGCAACAGCAAAGGAUAUUAUUUUUACUGGUCGAAAGAUUAAUGGCAUCGAGGCGCUAUCCAUGGGUCUUGUCAAUUACUGUGUUCCGGCUGGUGAAGCUUAUUCCAAGGCACUUGAAAUUGCAAGGGAUAUCAAUCAAAAGGGCCCUGUAGCAAUAAGGAUGGCUAAAAGAGCAAUUAACAAGGGUUUGGAGACCGAUCUAACAUCAGCUUUGGUUUUGGAAGGAGAUUGCUAUGAUGAGGUUUUGAAUACCAAAGAUCGGCUGGAAGGCUUGGCCGCAUUUGCUGAAAAGCGGAAACCAAGGUACACCGGUCAGUGAAAAUAAUGUUCUGCUGACAAUCUCUCAGUCUAUGUUGAUAGAGUGCUGCAACCCCGUGGCGGAGAGCAAUGUCUAAUUGUCUAUCAUGUAGUUAUUAAAGUGAUCUAUCUAUAGAACCUGGGGGCAACUCAGUUGUGAAGUGUCUCUAUAAUCAUGCUACUUGAAACACUGUAUUCUCGAUGAAGCAAUAAAUUUCAUCUUUCUUUUUUCCAUGAA